AAUGACAUUAUUUUAUUCUUUUAUUUUGUUGGCUCUUGUGGGUAGAGCUAUAUAUAGACAGCCCUACGCAACAGUUUGAACCAAUUCAAAACAAACCCAUUUAAUUUCCCUUCUCUCUCAUUAUUUUCUCUCUCUCUCUCUCUAGAAAAUCUUCUUACAGUAAUUUAUACGUUAUUUUUUUCUGGCAUCAAUGGCGUUCAAGCAAACAUUAGCUCAACGCGUAUUCAGCAUGUCGAGAAUCAGCACCCCCGCCGUAACCAACUGCCGCGUCUCCUCCCCAUGCACCGCCGCCCAAUCCAAAGCCCUGAACCAUCGCACCACGCCGACCAAACUCGCCCCGGAUCCCGGAGACGACGGAAUAUUCCGGCGACACCUCCACCACAACUCGGCGGCGGCGCCGCCGCCUCCCGGGAUGCGGUUCCUCCCCACCGGAGAAAAGCUUCUGGAGAAGCUCCGGGAGAUGGACAUUGCCAGAGACAGGUUCAGGCUCGACAGCCUGACACCGGCGGAGCCGGCGGCGGCACCGCCGCCGACGGUAGGGAGUCUGACGGUGAAGGACGCUGUGAAAAUCCUCAGAAUUUCCCAGCUGGAGACGGUGAAGUUGAGGCUGAGACAGAUCGAAAAGGAUUGCGUUUCUUAUUCAGAGUUCCUGGAAAUCUGCGGUCAAGAUUGCUCGAGCACAGAUCAACGGCUAGAAUUCGCCAAAAUACUUGACCAAUCCGGAUCAGUAAUUGUUCUUGGCAACAUCGUUUUCCUCAAACCCGAAAAGGUGAUAAAAGCCAUACAAGCAAUAAUGCCAGAAACUAAUCCAAUCAAAAUGAAGGAAUUUCAAGAAAUGGAAAAACAAAAGCAAGCAAUUGACGAAAAAGCCAAAUUACUCGUACAUCGUGAGCUCAAUUUCGGAUUAGGUUAUCUGUGUGUCCAAACAGCAGCAUUCAUGCGGCUAACGUUCUGGGAACUGUCAUGGGAUGUAAUGGAACCAAUCUGCUUCUACGUAACCUCCAUGUAUUUCAUGGGUGCAUACGUUUUCUUCCUUCGAACAGCUAAAGAACCUUCGUUCGAAGGGUUUUACCAGAGCCGAUUCCACUCGAAACAGAAGCGAUUAAUCGAGGCCGAAAAUUUUGAUAUUAAAAAGUAUAACGAGCUUAAAAAAGCUUGCUAUUCUUACUCACCGGCGCAUCGAGAAAACGGUGUCGGGUUUAAUUCUUCGGUUAUUUUAUGAAAUUAUUGUGAGAAAUACUAAGACAAGAAGAAUGUAUUUCUUAAUUAAAAACGUGUAUUUGUAAUAGGUUUGUUAUAGAGAUGUAUUAAUCCGCGGCUUUUUGUGACAAUAGUAUGUAGGGUUCCUGAUAA